AUUCAGUAUUACUCCAUUCCCUCUGAGCUGCGACCCUGCAGGCUUUGGAUCAUAAUGGACAGUAUGACAUCCAAUAAUCCCUUCUGUCUUUUCAUUCAUAUUUCCAGUGGCCUGUUGACUGAUACGGUUCUGCAGCAAAACAGCGUAGCAGCAUGAAGCCAGCGGCCGUGAGCGCGGCUGCACUCAGGCAGGAGACUGACAGCCGACCUCUUCCCCCAGGAUGGAGGAGCUACACGUCACCUGAGGGACUCAGGUACUAUGUCAACAGCUGCAGUAAAGAAACAACAUGGCGACGUCCCUCCUUGUUAACUGAGUCCCCACAGAGGCCGCUGGCACAGCAGAACUCCUCACCAUAUGCAAAUGGAUGCCACAGCAGUACAAAGACCAGUCAGCCCAUAGAGGCCUCUGAUGUUGCUCUGAGGAAACCCACCAUGAUCAAACAGCCCCCCGGCUCUGUUUCGCCGGCCAGGAGGCAGAUUAAGGAGGUCAAGGAGACCAAGAUCACUAUCAACUGUGUGACUUUCCCUAUGCCUGGAGAAAGUCCAGAGCAGCAGCUCCUGAAGCCCAACGAAUGGAGCUACUGCGAUUACUUCUGGAACGACAAGAAGGAUCCCCAGGGGACCACCUCGGUGGCAGGCUUCGAGGUCCUUCUGCAGAAGCAGCUGAAGGGUAAACAGAUGCAGAAAGAGAUGGCUGAGUUUAUCCAUGAGAGGAUAAAGAUUGAAGAAGAAUAUGCCAAGAACCUCUCCAAGCUGUCUCUGAACCCCCUGGCAGCACAGGAGGAAGGGACUCUGGGAGAAGCCUGGACUCAGCUGAAGAAGAGUCUUCAUGAUGAGGCUGAAGUUCACCUAAAGUUCUCCAACAAGCUCCACACUGAGGUAGAAAAACCCUUGCUGACGUUCAGGUGCGACAACUUCAAGAAGGACCUGAAAAAGUAUGACCAUCACAUCGCCGACCUCAGGAAGCAGCUGGCGAGUCGCUACUCAAGUGUGGAGAAGGCGCGUAAAGCCCUGGCAGACAGGCAGAAAGAUUUGGAGGUAAAGACCCAGCAGUUGGAGAUCAAACUCAGCAACAAGACGGAGGAGGAUAUCAAGAAGGCCCGAAGGAAAUCCACACAAGCAGGAGACGACCUGAUGCGCUGCGUGGAUCUGUACAACCAAACCCAGUGCAAGUGGUUUGAAGAAAUGGUCACUACCAGCAUGGAGCUGGAGAAACUGGAGGUUGAACGGAUCGAGUGGAUUCAGCAGCAUUUACGCCAGUACACGACUCUGCGGCAUGAAACAGACAUGUUCAACCAGAGUAUGGUGGAGCCAGUGGACCAGCUGUUGCAGAACGUGGAUCCAGCCAAAGACAGAGAGCUGUGGGUGAGGGAGAAUAACACCGGCGAUGUUCGGCCUGUGGAUAUGGACAUUUAGACCAUCCUGACUUGAGAUCAGCCAUUCUGUCUUUAGUAUUAUAACACAUCCACAGAAGUCCCAGAACACUUCUGAUAACACAGAUCCAGGGACAGUGCAUGAUUAGACUACUGAGCUCUGCUCAUCCUCUCUCUAACAGGAAGAACAAGAGGAAAGGUUCAUGCAGGCAGGAAGCCGUAAUGGAUCAAAGUACCAGCAUGUUCCUUCUAAAUUUUAACCCUUUCAUAAUCCAUAUUAGCUUAUUGAAUGCCAUUAAACAUAUUCUGCUGUUUACCUGUUGUAAAGUUGUAACUAUUAGAAAGAUUACAUGUAUUUCGAAUUGUUAAGUUUAGCUUCAAUCUACAGUUUGAGUGAACCAAACAAAAACAAAAAAAAAAGUCUGAUUAUUGAUAUUACCUUUAUUUUAGAUACGGAUAUUCAAGCAUACUGAGAUCUUAGACUGAAUAUGAUAUAUUUUCAUAUUUUGCUGGUUCAUUUUGGUGGGAAUGCAUGUUUUAAAUAUCUUGCUUUUUCUGUAUAUGGGGAACUGCACAGUUUGUGGAACCAUGGUGGUUGUUUUUGGUAUAGUUCAUUGAAUUCACGCAAGGCAUUCUGCAUCUUGUAAAUGACAGAAUUUAGGAGCUUUCUCACACACACAAAAACAAGAAGUUACGUGUACAGCGUUAAUAUCCAGUAACCUCAAUUGUUUGGAUAAAAAAACAAACACACAUACAGUGUUUAGGAAUGUGAUUUUGGUGGUCAUGGUUGAUCGGAUUUAGGCCAGGGUCUAUUUUGGAUCAGUCCGGAGGAAAAAGGUGGUCCAAGUUACACUGAAACACCUUUUAGUGCCUAGCGGUUAUAUACCUGGAAUGUCCUUGACAUAUUCUACUCUACUGCAUCAGUGUACAUUUGUACGUACAGGCUAGAUGUAUUUUGCUGUCAGAUGUUUAACAGGCCCAAAUGAUCUUUGAGGCCGAUGAGGUGUUUGUACUGUACAAUGUUGUUUGUGUUAUUUUUGGUAAAUGUACAGAGAAUAUCUUUAUGAUGGUGGUUGAAAGCAAAAAGCUAAAUUCAACAAAUGAAAUACCCCAAAAGAGAAGAUGAAGUAAUGGAUUUGUGAUGUGGAUUAACCUGGGCAGGACGUUGAUGAUUUACAGACAGCUGACUCAUCCCACUUGCCCAAACAAAACACAUUUUACUGUAUCAGAGACUGCAUGAACAGUACGUGUCUGUGUUUACAUGUAUGUGUCCGUCUUUGUCUUUACAUUUUGUUGUGGUCUAUCUGCUCUGGAUUUCUUUGGAUUACUUCCAUUCUUUUUAAAUUUCUCAAAAGCACAAAGCCGAUCAAAUAACAAAAAACGUAAUCCUAAUCCAUCUGCCGGGGACAAGAAAA